AUGCCAACCUUAGAUGACAUUUUAGAGCACAUUGGAGAGUUUGACUUGUACCAGAAAAGGGCCUUUUUUGUGCUGUGUCUGCUCUCUGCUGCCUUCACACCCAUCUAUGUUGGUAUUGUUUUCCUGGGUUUUAUACCAGAGCACCACUGCCGGAGUCCUGGAGUUGCCCAGUUAAGAAACCGUUGUGACUGGAGUCUUGAGGAAGAGCUGAAUUACACCCUUCCAAAGGGUGAGACCCAUGGGGAUGCUUUCACUAGCCAGUGCAAGAGAUAUGAUGUCGACUGGAACGCAACUGAGCUGAGCUGCAUAAAUCCACUAGAUUUUUCCACUACUUACAGGAACAGAAGCAAUAUUCCUCUCACUGCAUGCCAAGAUGGCUGGCUUUAUGAUUUCCCAGGAUCAUCCAUCGUGACUGAGGUAAGAAGUAAGCAGCUGUUUUCUAGAAGGCAAUACCAACAUUAACAGCUGAACCCUGAAAGGAUCUGUAUGAGUCUGCUGGGCAGCUUAGAGAGUCCUUGGAUGUCCUUCAAUAGCUGCUAGAAAGAAGGGCUUCUGGAACACAGGAAUCUUCUUCUACCGAGUCAGCCUUGUCUGCUCGGACUGGCAGCUAAUCUUCAUAGUCUCAAGCAGAAAUCUCUCUCAGCCCUACCUGGAAAUGGCAAGGAUCGAAGCUGGAACUUUCUGAACGCAGAAGCAUGUGCUCUGCUGCUGAGCUAUUAUCCCCCUCUAUACAUGCUUCCCAACUGUGAAACUCUUUCCCGCAAGGCAGUUCCCCCAAGGCACCGUUGGUAUUUACCAAAUAGACACUAAGCAAAGUCUGCCCUGUUCAUUUGGUGGGCAAUUUAAUAUUACUUGCUGUGAAUAGUACUUAAGCCCCUCAUCCAUGGCAAUUGUUUUCAGGGUUGAUUUCAACAUUGCUAUUAACAUUAUGCUUGUUCCAAGCUUAAGCUAGCUGCACUUAGGUCCCAUUGAACUCAAUGUGAAAAAUUAGUCAGGACAUUGAUUUCACUAGGAACCAAGUUCUCCAGUCUAUUUUUUGAAAGCUUUUUGCUUCUCUUUGUCUGUUAAUGGUUUGCGUAUCUGAUUUUUAAUUGUUAUUUUUAAAGGUGUUCUUUCAUUUGAUGCUUGUUCACUGCCUUGCAUACUGACAAUGAUAUAAAGGUGGCAUGGAAAUGUUUUAAAAUAAGCAAGCAUAACUCCUACUCAAAAAAGCCACUCUGCUUAAGAUACUGCUUGUAUAUGGGGAUGUUGGAGGGUGGUAGUUGAAAUGGCCAUACGCUUUAGAAUGAAAUAGUCCCGAGAGAUGCUCUUCAAAUGAUUUGGAAUUACAGUUAUCUUGAAAUCUCACUCAAGGCAUGGGAUUUUAUUUUAUUUUUGCAUUGUCUCUGACCUGGAUGUGUUUUCUUUUAGUUCAACCUGGUGUGUGAAGAUGCCUGGAAACUGGACUUGUUUCAAUCAUGUGUGAAUGUGGGGUUUUUUGUUGGUUCCAUAAGCAUUGGAUACAUGGCAGACAGGUAGGUCAAAUUUUAUAUAUACAAUUGGAGUAUUUAUUGUUGUAUAGCCACAGGCUAUAUAAGAACGCAGCAUAGCUUUGCUGGAAAAAUAUUGUUUUUAACUGAACUUCAAUGAGCUGGCUAAAAUAUCUGAACCGAUUACUGGCCUCAGCUGCAUAUGAGAAUUAGCUCCCUUCAUUUUGUCUGGUGAUGGCCCAAGAAACUUGAACUCUUGUAUGUACACACCAUUAACAGCUGGUUUACAGCACAAGCCUAACUCUUCUGUUUAGAAGCAAGUCCUGUUAAAUUCAAUGGGGAGAGAGAAUACAGGCAAACUCGGCAGUUUCAAGACAAGUUAAUUAUGUGGCACUCUGAUCCCAAGAGGUACCAGGGCUGCAGAUUUUAUAGAAAAUCAUACUUGUUAAUAUUGUUAAUUGGUGAAGAUGUGGGAAAGCUGCUUCAUAAGCAUUGUUUAUAGUGAUAGCUCAGGUGGUAGAGCAUGAGGCUCUUAAUCUGAGGUCUGUGGGUUCGAGCCCCACAUUGGGCAAAAGAUUCCUGCAUUGCAGGGGGUUGGACUAGAUAAUCCUCGUGGUCCCUUCCAACUCUAUGAUUCUAUAAUCUAUUCAAUCCUAAAAUAAAAGGUAAAUUUGAUGAACAAAAUAAAUUAUUUUUUAGUUUUGUCCAGUAGUAAUUUAGCUUAUUUUUAUAGCUCCACAGCAGAACAUAUUCUUUGCAUGCAGAAGGCCCCAGCUUCAAUCACCAUGUGAGCUAGGAGAGAUCCUUGUCUGCAGCCCUAGAGAGCUGCUCAGAAUCAGAAUAGACAAUUCAGAGUUACAUGGACCAGCAGUCUGGUGCAGUGUGAAGCAGUUCCACAUGUCCCUCUCCCCUCUUUAUAUGUAUAAUAUUGACAAGCGUCAUUUUUCUCCACAGGUUUGGGCGUAAACGGUGCCUGUUAAUCACCAUCUUAAUAAAUUCCAUUUCUGGUGUUCUCAUGGCUUUUGCACCUAGCUACACGUGGACCGUGGUUUUCCGCUUGAUACAAGGAUUGGUCAGCAAAGGGGGUUGGCUAACAGGCUACAUCCUGAGUAAGGCUCCUUACAGUCGUCUCUUCUGGGAAUUAAUCUAAUAGGGAUUAAACUUGAAGAAGGUUCAUACCUCAGUGGUAGACCAUCCACUUUGCAUGCAGAAGGUCCCAGGUUCAACCUUGGCAACUCCACAUAGGGCUGGAAAAGACUCCCUCCUGCCUGCAAUCCAGAGAUCUCAUGCUCAUUCACUUUUUUCCUAGGAACAACAGGGAUUUCCAGUGAUUUGAUGGAACUGAUAAGGUUGAAACCUUAGAAUAUUAUCCGUCUCUCAGGGUUGUCUUGGGUCCUAAGAUAUCAACAAACGAUGAGAUGCUUUUGUUUUCUAAAUAGAAAUAUACUUCCAGUCAAGGCUUUCUUCCAUCCAGAACCCACGGGAACUCAAUUCUUAGAAUUGCCGUUCUAAGAGAACAAGGGAGGUGUUUGUGAUGAGUUCUGGCACCUCUUUUCUAGAAAAAUAGCGCUGCUCCCAAUCACUCUGUAGAAGCUUAGCUUUGAAAGAUCUACAAGCAGCUGUCAUGCUCCUGUGGGUGCUCUCUCUGUCAGCAACAAGGACAGGGUGAUAGGUGCAACAUAAUCCAGACAAAUCAGAAGUACAGAGAAUCAGCCUAAGCCCAAACCAUGAUCCAGAGAAAAGGAGAGCAUCGCAAGAAGAUGAGGCAAGGUAGAAUACAGCAGGGCACACAACCCAGCCUCAUCAAAACAAAAACAAAACCCCCAGCAACUAGAAGACUCAAGAGGGAGUCCUUAUAUACUCUGGCCUGAGCCCCUGGCCUACCUGGCAUCAGGGUCAAUCCCUGUGUUCAGGGUCCUGCAUCCCAGCUGAGGUUUGACAACAUGGGCGGUUGAGAAGACACUUCACAUCAGCUCCCUUUUGUACUUUACAUGUUGAUUGCAGCAUCUGGGCCUGAAGAAACAUGUGAUCCUCACCUAUUCCAAUCGUAUUCCAGCUGAGGAACCACAAACCUCCCAGAACUAGCAAGCCUCACCGGGCCAGCUAGGGAGCUGGGCUGUGGGCCCUUGCCUGCCUCAGCCUCCUGGAGCACCCCAUCUGCUGCUCCCUAUGGCUCAGAGCCUGCUGUGUUCAUGGAGACAGGGGCCCCUCUGGCUCUGGUGAUGGGCCCUGCAGCUCUGGUUCCUGUGCACCAACCCCCAUCCCCUCGUCAUCCUCUGUUACUCUGUUACUCCAUGAGUAUUUUCUACACCAACCUCUUCUUUCCCAUUCCUAGCUUAUCCCAGUGUGUCCCAGUCCUGGCUACACCUCUUGCCAGGAUCCUGUUCCUCCUCUUCCUCUUCUCUGUUGUCUUGUCAGUUCCUGACAGCCUCCUAGACCACACCCUCACUACAGCUUCUAGUAGUUCAGGGAUUGCUUACUCAUGAGGAGGGCCCUUACUCAGAAAAAAGCUGCAUGACACCCUGGGUCUGUAGAUGCAUGCUAUGUUAUUACUUUUUGGCUUGGACCCAGAGCUUUUGGCACAGGCAUUCUCAAGGACUGGGUGGUGGUGGGUCCACUGCCACCUCUAAUAGUUUUUUGGAAGAUCUCCUCAUGGAGAAAAUUUAAAGGGACACGCAUCUCUCAGCUCUGGUUCCCAUGGACCCUGCCUGCACCUUAAGGUCUUCACACUGUGGGGGGGGGGGUCUGGUUCAUCCUUUGAGGACUCCCUAUCUGGUACCAGGUCAGGGCUAGACAUGACAGUGGCUUUCAACAACAGCUGUGUUGGUUGAGGAUGAUGGGAGUUGUCGAUCCACAGUUUCCUUGGCUGGUCAGUGGGAAGGUGGGAUGGGAUGUGGGAAUCUACUAAGAUUUGAAAUAUAUGAAGUUCAAGGUGGCUUAAUAGAUGGAAGAUCUAGUGUGAGCUGUCUUCAGAUCAUUUCCCGCACCCAUUUGCUUAUGUUAAUGAAGUUUCUCCACCCUUAAAAAGUCACAGAAUUUGUUGGCCUGAGCUACAGAAGAACCGUCGGCAUUGUUUACCAGGUAGCCUUUACUGUUGGACUCCUUGUGCUUACUGCUGUCGCUUAUGCAAUUCCUCACUGGAGAUGGCUACAACUGGCAGUUACCUUGCCAAACUUCUUCUUCUUGCUGUAUUACUGGUAAGCAAGAUUUCCAUUACAGCCAAAAAAGUCAAGGCAUCUGUAUAAUACCAGCACAGAAGCUUAGCUAGAUGUAUUGGAAGGUACCCAACAGGGCUGGUGUCUAAUUCCAGGAGGCCUUUGGCAUGGUGCUGCCAGAGAGCCCCCACUCCUCAACAUGGACACCCAACAUAUAAACACAUCAGCUCCCAACACGGUAUUUUUCUUCCUCUUCUUCCAUUCAAGAGAGCCACUGCUUCAUGCUCAUCGCCAAGCCAAGCAAGGAGGAUGGUACAUUGGAGCAUGUUGACUCAGCUGGGUAGGGUUAGUGCGAGGGAUGCUUUUGAGCCCCUGGGCCCUUGACCAGUGCCUGAUCUGACUGGCCACUGGGACUGGGACUGGGACUGGUAUCCAGCAUUUUACCAUGUAAAAGAGAACUCACAGUGUAGGAUAUUUGGCAUGGAGGUGACAGUCCUCACUUCAAAUGUCUCAUGCAACUCAGGCCAACUUCCAUAUGGCCUUAUCCCUUUUUUCUUUACUAGUAAUGUUUUUACAGCGUCAUGCAUUUUGCUACCAUCUAGGAAUGCCCCAUUUCUUGCUGUUCUAGGUGCCUUCCAGAGUCUCCAAGGUGGCUGAUAGCCCAACGGGAAAAUGACAAAGCCCUGAAAAUUAUUAAACGCAUUGCCAAGGGAAACCGGAAGAAGCUGCCUCCCUCUAUGCAGGUAACCCGAGCCAUUUUGCCUUCAAAGUUACAUAAGGCACGCUGAUGCACAGUUUGUAUACGGGUUAGAAAUCCAAACAGAGGCCAUUUGGGCAAGCCAGAAUACGGCAAACAUGGAAGCGUUUUUAAACUUCAAAACCAAUUCUGGUCCCACAUGCAAUGAAGCUGGGAGGGAUGAUCAGUGGAGCCAGAUAUUGGAGUAAAAUAGGCCACAACUUUAUUGAUUAUGGGAGAAAAGGCAUGGGCAUGGAUCUGUUAAUCAACUAGGCUGAGUGCUGGUUGAUAUGCUGUCAGCCAACAGAUGGGGUUGGCUGGUGCUGGGAAGGCACUGAGCCACUGGUAGGGAGUGCUAUGGGCUGUCAACCCCUAACUGGGCUUCUGGACAGGACACGCCACCCUCCAAGACUCAUAAAGGGGAUCUCUUGAUGGCAUGGAGCAGAGUGACCCUCCCCUGUCCCUGCUUCCUACAGAUUCAGCCCAAUACCUCUCCCACCAUCACAAGGUGUUACGAGGUAGACAAAAACUCACAGGUCCAAUCAUUGGCUCCCCCAUGGCUGGUUCCACCCCACCCUCCCACAUGGCUGCCCAAAGGAUGUGAAGUGCCAUUGGGCCACAGAAGAGAAUAAAGACACUGGUCGCCUCCCACCCUGAAUCCGCAUAGGGCUGCAAACAUGGCUCCCUGAUAAGUCAGGGAAUUAGAACUUCCUGUAGAAUAAUUGUCCUCCUAGCCCACUGUGGUUUGACGGUUAUAUCUAAAAUCAAGCUGCACGUGUGUUUUUUGUAAAGCUCCUUCACCCAUUGAGGUUUUAUAAGAAUCCCUGCAGCUAUGACUGGAAACUUUCAAGCUCCAUUCUUUUUGUUUAGAUUCCUUCCUGCUUUGCCCAAAUGACCCUCAGAAUCCCUUCCAACCCUACAAGUCUAUGAUCCAUUUUCCUGCACCCCCCUUAAUGCCCCAAUGAUACAAACAUUGCUUGUUUGCCCUUCUAGGAUCUUCAGUCUGAGGAAGAAAUGGGUGACAAACCAAUCCCUUUAUUUCUGGACCUGGUGAGAACACCACAGAUAAGGAAACACACCCUCAUCUUGAUGUACUCUUGGUAAGGAAAGUCCUAGCAAAACUUUCUAUUAAAGCAAUUGCUCCAAAUCAUUAAAUUUCUAGGGCAUAAUCCUCUUCCCUCUCCCCACCUGUCCACAUGCAACUCACAGUGGAGAGCCCUAAAGGACUCGAUGGAACUCUUUAAUUCCCCUUCUGUAGUGAGCAUCAUUGGUUGGUCCACAAGCACUUUCCACUCUGCCAGUCCUCCUCAGGGCUGCCUACAUAGCUCCGAUUAGGCCCCAUAUUUAAUUUUAAGCUGCCCUACAUAUUUGGCUAAGGGACGCAGGUGACGCUGUGGGUUAAACCACAGAGCCUAGGGCUUGCCGAUCAGAAGGUCGGCGGUUCGAAUCCCCACGACAGGGUGAGCUCCCGUUGCUCGGUCCCUGCUCUUGCCAACCUAGCAGUUUGAAAGCACAUCAAAGUGUAAGUAGAUAAAUAGGUACCGUUCUGGCGGGAAGGUAAACGGCGUUUCCGUGUGCUGCUCUGGUUCGCCAGAAGCGGCUUAGUCAUGCUGGCCACAUGACCUGUACGCUGGCUCCCUCAGCCAAUAAAGCGAGAUGAGCGCCGCAACCCCAGAGUCGGCCACGAGUGGACCUAAUGGUCAGGGGUCCCUUUACCUUUACCUUUACAUAUUUGGCUAGAACUAUGAGUAGGCUUUCUGCACACACAAAAACAACCCCAGCCCAGGAAAGAGCCUGGCUUCACCUGGCUUCUGUUUUUCGUCUAGGUUCACAAGCUCUGUGCUGUACCAGGGCCUCAUCAUGCACAUGGGAAUUGGUGGCGGCAACAUUUACCUGGACUUUUUUUACUCUGCUCUUGUUGAAUUUCCAGCCGCCUUCAUACUCAUACUUACAGUAGACCGCAUUGGCCGCCGCCAUCCCUGGGCUGCAGCAAAUCUGGCAGCAGGAGCCGCCUGUCUCCUUACAGCCCUAGUGCCUGAAGGUGAGCAAGUUGGGAGCUGAAAUGGACCUAUACAUUCUCUCUUUUUUCUGGCUUUCUCCAUAUAGGGCAAAAUAUACAGGAACUUGGACCUGCAGGGAGAAUAUCAGCUUGAGAGGGGUGGGGGUUCUGAAAGGAAAAUGACUGGCAGGGGAAGGGUUGAGCUCCUUCUUUCCCAUCCUGAGUGUAACCGAAUCUAGCAGCAAAACCCCGUCAUCCGAAUGUGUAUGUGCGCUCAGAAUCGAUGCCCCAAGGGCAAGGAACCUGUGACCCUUCAAAUUUUGCUGGCAAGGCCAAACCAAGACAUUUUGGCACCUGAGGUGAACUCCAAAAUGGCGUCACUCCCCCACCAGGGAAGAAGGGGUGAGUGAAGAGCUAAAUCAGGAAAAAGAAGGGGGCAGAUAUCUACAUUGGGAAUGGGGGAGGGGAUAGAGAUUCACAUUGGAAACAAGGGUAGGAGGAGACCAGCAGUUUCUCCUAUUUGCCAAGAGGCUGCUGUAGAGGUGGCAUUGGGUGGGGGCUGCUGAGGAGGCAGCAGAUCUGGCCUCUAAGAUGCUCACCACUGCUAUUGCUGCCACUGUGGCAGCACCACCACCAAUGGACAAUGUAUUCCUUGAAAGUCAGAUCUGCUUCUCCUGUGGAUUCUGCCGCCUGAGGCGGUUGCUUCACCUUGCCUCAUGGGUGGGUUGACCCUGGUUGCUGGACUACAACUCAGCGAGGAAUGAAUCCAACAAUAUCUGGAGGGUUGCAGGAUCUCUAUCCCUAAGCUAUCUAUAUCAAGUAUGACUUCACCCUGCUGCAGGGUAUUGUGUGUAUUGUGUGUAAUUCAUUUUCUCUGUGUGUUUGUGUACAUGUGAAUGUUGAUUCAUUACUUCCUGACAAAUACCAGGUGCCACAAACACACAGUAUUGUGUGCAGUAUUUGCCCCAUGAAAUACAAUUUCUAAGAACGUGUAACUUUUAAUACCAAUUUUGUAGAGAAAACCUAAGAAGCUGCAAAAGUUUUCAACUUCUUAACAGUGUGUGCAAUGUCCUUUCAGAUCUCUAUUGGCUUAAAAUGACUGCCGCUUGCAUAGGCAGGAUGGGCAUUACAAUGUGCUAUGAAAUGAUUUGCUUGGUCAAUGCAGAACUAUACCCAACUUUCCUCAGGUGAGUGAGCCUUCUUCUGAUACUAUAGGAUGGGCUGGUGUCCCUUUGUCAAAAGGACCAGUUGACAGUCAAAUGUAGAGCUCUCUGGUUAGGCUGUGGGUGCAAUGAUAUUAACUGUUGCUUUUCAUAAACUGGCGAAAAAAAUGUGAAAGUUUAUUUAUUAAUGAACACAUUUGUAGACAAUCUUUCUUUUAAAAAUGCUCAAGGUGCCUGUCUUGCAGUUAUGAAGUAAAAAAAAAAAGUACAAACAGAAAUAAAUCCUCAAGAGAACAUGAUAAAGAAGUAGGAGCUAGCAGGGAAUGUGAAUUUAAUUGUUACCAUAAAGCACCAAUGCUGCAGCAAGCAAAGGCUCUAGCAGCUCAGCCAGCUGCUUGUGGCUGGAAAGCCAGACAGGAUGUUUGUGACUGUUGCCAUGGGAACAAAGGGGCAGUCCAUUCUGUACUGAGCACCGGAUGUUAGCUCAGUGUGUGUGUGUCAUAUGACCCGUACUGGAUGUACUUGGGAGGAGUUUCUUCUUGCUGUUGUUGAGUGCAGACAUGAUUCUCUGUACUGAUGUAAGAGGCAGAAAUAAAUGAUGUAAAUAGUUUUCUGUCUGCUUCUUCCCCCCCCUGGGGACACCAAAGGGGAGAGAGGAAGAACGGUGUGUUCCUCUCAUACAUCUGAGAAGAAUCGCCGGACCUCGCCUGCUUAUCAGCAGAGGUUGGGAGACGCGGGGAGGUCGACAGGAAUAUCUGCCGGUGCCUACGCUGUGGCACAUUCCUCUGACCCAGGCAGAAUUCCAACAGUGGUAGCAGAGGAUGGUUGCGAUUCAUCGGACAUCUGCAUGAGAGGCUGGUGGAUUGUCCUCCACUGCUCCUAAGGAGGAAUAGAAGCGUCUGAAAGAAGCCAGAGGCUCCACAGACAGCUGGUGGAAAGAAGAGGUGUUUUCCAGAGCAACGGAGCUCAAGGUAUGCUGCAUUUCGGGCUAAAAGUGUGAACGCAGGAAGAUUAAUUCCCUGGUUCACGGAGCUGCGUUUCAAAGAAAACAAAAGCUCCGGAGGAAGAGGCCUGCAGCUUGAAGGCUGAAGCCUGCAUUCCACAAAUUUUUGUGGUAGAUAAGAUGUCUUAUUGAAAUGCAUUGUUGCUAGGUAACGGUCCUGGAAAGUUACUGGCAAAGGGGCUGGACUCUGAGUGUAAGCCUGGGAAAGCGAAACAAAACCAGAGAAUGUUUUGGCUACAAGGUUUACGAGCUCUUGGAAGGGACUUUUCAAUAGCAGCCUGAGUUUAGCUGCCAGGUGCAAAGAGCGUAAACAACUUGCAGUUUGCUGCGUGAGAAAGGAUAAAAAACAACUGUUGGAUUUUACAGUUUGUAUGUCAUUGUGAGCUGGAGGCUUGGCUUCAAGUUGGAUGCCAAGAAAGGGGGAGGUUUGCCUUGCCCACCUCCCUUGACCAAUGACAAUUAUUCAUCUUGGUCUGUAAAGAUGAAGGCCCUGCUGCAGAAUCAGAGGCUUUUUGAUGUAAUUGAAAACCCCAUCCCUGCAGCACCAACCAGAGGUUGGGAGUCACAGAAUGUAAGGGCCAGGACUGCUAUAAUUCUGUGUGUCUCAGAUGAUCAGUUGGUGCAUGUUCAGCAUUUAGAAAAUGCGAAAGAGGUAUGGGACACGCUGCGUACAACGCAUCAGAGAGAUGCUGGUUCUUCAGCGUUGCUGUAUUUUGAGAAAUUGACCAAUCUGAGACUUGCGCCUGAUGGAGAUGUUCAAGCGCACCUGACAGAAAUGAAGUUUCUGCGUCAACAGAUGGUGGAACGCAAUUUCCGUCUUCAGGAGGAAGUGUUUUGCUUCAUGAUGAUAAACAGCCUUAGCCGCACCUACAAGGUUGUUGCCAGUCAGCUUGGUUCCCUACCGGCCGCGCAGCUGACCGCGGAGAGAGUUUGUGCUGUGGUCCUGAAUGAACACGACAGACUUGCUGCACUGGAAGAAAAAGACAGGGGGAGGGAAGAACAGAGUUCUAAUUCCCCACUGCUGAUGCUACUGGAGAGCAUGGUGUAGCAUUGAGUGCUGUCCGAUGCUACAAUUGUGGACAGACUGGGCAUCUACAGCGAAACUGUAAGAAGCCGCGCCAGUCAAGAGGAGCAAAGAGCAGCUCUACGAAGCCUCAGGCGUCAGGCAAAAGCCGUACCAAGUGCCAGGUGAAACCUGCAAAGGCUAUGAUGGCGAAAGGAACCACGCCAGAUGUUGGGAACUCGUUCAUAAUUGACACGGGCGCAACGGUUCACAUGUGCCCGCACAGAGGACUGUUUUCGACGUUGAAGAAGCAAAGCUUCACUGUGAAACAGGCCAACGGUCAGGAGUUGGAAGCAACUGGAAUUGGGACUGUGUAUCUUGAGAGUCUGAACUUGACUAUAAGUGAUGUUUACCUGGUUCCAGAACUGAGAUUUAAUCUGCUGAGCGUGUCGCAGAUUGCAAAGAAAGGACUGAAACUGUCCUAUGAUGCUAAAAGCUGCAAGAUCUACAAAGAUGGAGAACUGUUUCUUACUGCCAAAGAGAAAGAUGGACUGUAUUUGUUGACUUUUGAUCAAAGUGAUUACAUGAAAUGUAAUUCUGCUGUUUCUAACGAAAUCUCUCUUGCAGGCGUGACCAGUGUGAGCACCAGGAAGGUGACUAAGACCAAGAAGGUCGACAGAGCAUUUCAGCGGGUGUAUGCUGAUGUGAUUGGUCCUCUAGAACCAUCUAGAGGCGGUGCACGAUUUUACCUUUUGUGUGUGGAUUGUUUCACUAAUUAUUCUUGGGUUUAUAUGAUGGAGAAACCGCAAGAAACUUUAGAAAAGUUUCAGGAGUUUUGUGACAAGGUUAAAAGUAUGCAUGAUGCUAACAUUGAUUGUCUUUUCACAGAUGAGAAGCAAAUUUUUCUGUUGCAGAAGUUUCAGAAGUUCCUGGAUGGAAAAGGGAUAGACCACAAAGUUGCAGUCUCGCAAGAAGCGUGGAACAGGGGGUCUGUGUGAGAGUGAACAAAGAAUUGCAAAAGGGGAUGAAUGCGCAAUUGCUGAGUUCACAUUUGCCACAUGAAUAUUGGGCCGAAUCGCUAGCGUCCUAUCUUCAUGUGUGGUUGAGAAAGGUCUCAACAGAGUUGGGAUGUUCUCCUUUUGAGAAGCUGUUCAAUAGAAAACCUUCUGUUGCCUAUUUUAAGGUUUUCGGGUCUCAUGUGAGAACAGAAGCUCCAGGUGGUGUAAAGAAUGCCAGAGGCAUUUUUGUGGGUUAUGAAAAAGGUCUCUACAGAGUAAUUUUGUCUGAAUCUGGUCAGGUGAUUCUCACAAAGUUCCUAGAGAGUGCUCCAAAGCAAGAGCGGAUAGUACAGACAUUUCCCACAGGAAACGAUUCUGAUGAUGAUGAUGAUGAGUUUGAUCUUAUUGAGUUCAGUAGUACUGAUGAUGACAGCGAUAGCUCAGACAGCUCAGUUGUCACAGUCAUUGAGAGGAAAUCUCACACAAUGGAUAGACCUUCACAGGUGAAGGAAGAACCACUGAUUGCUACUGGUUCUCAACAGAGUCCAAAGGUUGAACCAGUGAGCACAGAAGAUCAGAACCUCAUACGCAGGUCUGAGAGAGUUACAAAGGGUGUACCACCAAAGAGGUACUCAAAAGAGUUUGCUAACUUAGCUGUUGCAUGUGUUGCUAUUGUUAACAACUCAAAGCAGGUUGAAGCAGUGUCUACGUCAGAGACAAAGACACAACAGAGGGUAGCUAGCCAAGGUAAUGCAGAAGCACUCAUUCCUUGGAAGCCAGACAACCAGAGAGGUACAUUGGUUAAACCAGUGGCGGGUAGUUCCAAGGGUGGAACUGAAACAACAGGGGAAUGUUAUAAAUAUAACAACUGUUUGUUUUCUUCUCUGGAUGACGCUUUGCUCGCGGCACACAUUGAUACUUUAGGGGAGUAUGUUACCAUAAAGCACCAAUGCUGCAGCAAGCAAAGGCUCUAGCAGCUCAGCCAGCUGCUUGUGGCUGGAAAGCCAGACAGGAUGUUUGUGACUGUUGCCAUGGGAACAAAGGGGCAGUCCAUUCUGUACUGAGCACCGGAUGUUAGCUCAGUGUGUGUGUGUCAUAUGACCCGUACUGGAUGUACUUGGGAGGAGUUUCUUCUUGCUGUUGUUGAGUGCAGACAUGAUUCUCUGUACUGAUGUAAGAGGCAGAAAUAAAUGAUGUAAAUAGUUUUCUGUCUGCUUCUUUCCCUCCCUGGGGACACCAAAGGGGAGAGAGGAAGAACGGUGUGUUCCUCUCAUACAUGUGAGAAGAAUCGGCGGCCCUCGCCUGCGUGUCAGCGGAGUGGCGACGCGGGGAGGUCGACAGGAAUAUCUGCCGGUGCCUACGUGUGGCACAUUCCUCUGACCCAGGCAGAAUUCCAACAUUAAUAGCUUUUAAUGAGAGUGUUUGACCUGCUUUAAUUUCUAUUUUCCAUUUAUUUCCACAAGUGGCUGGAUCUCUGGGGCAUUACGGUAACUGGGCAAAGGGGGUGAUAUUAGAUUCUGCAGAGAUAUAAAUAAUGGCUUCCACAUUUACCGUAUUUUUACAGGAAUCUUGGUGUUCUUGUCUGCUCUUCAAUGUGUGAUAUCGGUGGGAUCAUAACUCCAUUCAUCGUCUAUAGGCUGGCAGAUGUCUGGCAUGAACUUCCACUUGUUGUCUUUGGUAAGAAUAUGAACUACUUCUUUUAUGUUGAAUGCGGGUAGAUUAUUCAUUCUUGAACAGGGAGCUGUGGUUCUCCAGAUGUCACUGAACUGCAAUUCUCAGCUGCCCCAGUUAGGGAUAGGAGAGAAAUCAAAUUUAAAUGUGAACCUAGCUAAUUUUCACUUUCUGAAACAAUAUGCAAACCAAUGCAGCCAUCCAUUGAAAUACACAGUUCUCUUAAUUUUGCAAUGCCAGCUUGGUCAAUGAUCAAGGAUGCUGGUAGUUGUGGUUCAGCAAUAUCUGGAGGACCACAGGUCCUGCCUCUGAGGCAUUAUGGGGAAGGAUCUGCAUCUGUAGGGAGCCAUAGGCAGAUCAAGCUCUCAUCCAUACCACUUUUGAAUGCAUUCAGUCAUAAGUCUGUUCCAUGCUCUUUCCACAUUAUUCUCCAAAUUCAUACUCAAAUAUCCCUAGCUAAGGUAGGUAUACCUAAUGGUGAAGAGGACCAGAUAGAAGCUGACAGUAAACCUGCAGACAGCUCCUAUAAUUGAACAAAAUAUCCAAAGGAUCUUGGUGACCCAACUCCUGUAUACUACUUGAACGUAUGUUUGCUUUUCUGACAGCUAGGCUUAGAUUUCUUCCUUUACCUCAGAGGUUUCUUGGCAAGACAUUACAGCUACGUUUCUAUAGUCCUCUCCCAAAAAAAACAAACCCUAACUCCUGCUGUCAAAAACAAUCUACAUCAUGCUAUUCUGCUAAACAAUUUGUUUUUAUCAAAUUAUUGUGUAAUGUUAUUCUCCAUUGCAAAUCAGGGAUAGUUUUAGAAUGGCAAAGAGAAAGGAGAUUAGGGUUACAGAGGAGCAUAAAGGCAGGGUUGCAAACGACAGAACCAGUAGGAAUAGCCAGGGAAUGGUGCAGAGCAAAGCUGCCCUACCCUUUUGAAAUCUGGCAGUAUAACAGCCCUGCUACCUGCCUAAGCAUCUCCAAGAAUAACCUUGUCCAGGCAUUUGUUUCUGCAUACAUGGCAACAGCACAUGCACCAGCAGUGUCCCCAACUGACUUGGGAUCAGCUCAGUCUGGAGGGAGCUGCUUCAACAUCUGUAGGGCAGGUGUUGGAAACUGCCCAAUCAACCCCCUUCACACUGAGCCAAUCAAGAGUCAUUGUUGAAGGGAUGAGUCUUAUUCCAUGUAUUCCUCCUGGCAGCUUCACACAAUAGAUAUCUGCGGGUACCAAACACCUAAGCAGGACUUGAAAGAGUUCAAAUAUAGGAGCUGUCAGUCUUAGAAUUCUGAAAAUAUUCUCUCAGUGACAGAAAGCUACUCCUCAGAAACAGUGACUUCAGUUCUAGAACACAUUAUCUGCAUACUCACAUCCUUUUUCAAAUGCCCAGAUAUGGUACAUUCAGAGGAAAUUCAGAGGAAAUCACCUCUGGACAUUUAAAAAAGGAUGUGAAUAUGCAGAGAUACUCUGAAAUGUAAGUGAUACAUUUGAUCUAUAUUCUCACUGUGGUGAAUUCCUAGGAACUGCAGCUGAUUCUCCUAUCUAAGGAGGAUUCUGGAGAAAAAUGAGAUCACUCAUAAAAUAGGCUGCAGGUGGGGGAGAGGAAGAGAACUUGCAUCUACAUGCUGCCAUUUCCUUUAAUACAGUUCAGCAGUAUCUUAUUGGCACGACUUAAAAAUUGCUAUAGUGCCUUAGUAUCGUUUCACAUAGGAUGGUCUGUCUCAACUGAUCUUUUGUUUGUGCCGUGUGUCUGAAGCUGUGAUUGGUCUCAUUGACGGUGGCUUGGUUCUGCUCUUACCUGAAACCAAAGGAAAAGCUUUACCUGAGACUAUUGAAGAUGCCGAAAAUAUGCACAGGUAUGGUCCUGUAUAACAUAUCUUAUAGAGAAAGGCAUUCUUAGUGAAUGAGAGCUCUAGCUGGGCAUUCAGCAGUGCCAGGAGGAAAGGGGAGUGCCUGGGGGGCAUGUGUUCCACACGGGGUGAGAUGCCUUGAUCUUCCUGUGUUGAGCCAGGUGUGAUGAGGUCUGAACUGAAUUCCUAAAUGACUUUGAAGGAAGGUGCUUAGAAUGCUGAUAAGGCAGAGGUCUCAAUCUAACUGCAUUCAGCAGAGAGUGGUAAGAAGCCCACUCCAGGCCUUCAUACUCAGCCUGUGAAGGUCUUCUGUGUGGGCUCAGUAGUUGGAAGUGGAGCUCAUACUCGGAACCCCACUGCCCUUUUCACACAUUCAUGUUGCUUGCCUGAAGAAGGUGGGUAGGAACGACAUAUGGCCAGCAGGAGGAAUUGUUAGAGAGGAGCAACGAGCAAAAACUAAAUUUAGAUUUGGAGAGUGUGAUUUCCCAUUACAGGGGCAAAUGAAAUCAGGGCUGGGGGGUGGUCACAGCUGGAGCCUGAAAUGCAUGAUAAUGUGGGUGAUAAUGUCCUGUUGGUCAGACAAAGGCAGAAAAUUAGGCUCCUAAUAUUUAUACCAGACUGGCCAAUAUGGAAGCUUCAUUGUUCCUGCCAAUCAUAUGGCAUAUGUCUGCUUCUUCCUAAGGUUUUGAAUAUAGGUACGGCAGUUAAUUUUUGGCGAUCACUUGUAGCUGAGUAAGAUUGUCUUCCAUAAACACAGUUUUAUCAAUGAGUCCGUAAGUGACUGUGGAGGCCAAUUCUGGAUCCACGUGUCCUUCCACAGUGGGGACAUAGGUUUCCAGGUGGGAGUUGAUCACGGUGAGGGUUUGCCAAAUGUGCCUUCCUCUUAGCACGUUUCUCCCUUUCAUUCUGAGUUUGAGUGUCUUCAAAGCCCAUGACACCUUUGGUAAAGGCUGUUCUCCAACUGGAGCGCUCGCAGGCUAUUGUUUCCCAAUUGUUGGUGGUUAUACUACAUUUUUUUUAAUUGACCCUUUAAAUUUUUAAAGUGACCCUGCUAGGAGUACGAGAUUCCUGACGGCUUCACUCAUAAGGGCCAUAGGAAUGUGCAAGCCCACUCACCACAACAAGGUGAUGAUCCAGCAAGUGAGGGCAGCUAAUAGAGCUGGUAGCAACACCCAGCACCCUUGGGCAGGCCCCAGGGGACAAGUGUCCUACAAAGACCUAUUAACAUCCAUUGGAGGGAUUUAAAAUGGAAGGCAGCUCACAGAUGCAUUUCACAGAUUGCUGUAAUACUGCCCUCACUAGCUGGCGUGCCAGGAGGAGGCAAUGAUGUUAAGUUAAGGCCCACCAGCUGCAAUGAGGUUUGUGACUUCCAAGAUUGAGGAGGGGAAGGUUAACUCUUUACCUCUAACCGCAGCACUAAUGAAAAAGCACCCCUCCAAAAGCUGCUGUUCACACCAGGAGGGAAGUCUUUAUUGGAGCCAAAGGAAACUUCAAACUUGCUGCAAAUCACAGCUUUGGAGGGGUGGCUUUUGUGAUCACAGCAGGUUCAAACUCUCCCUCAUUCCAGCAUUCGCAUGCCUGAUGGAAAGUCCCAUCAGCUGCUAUUUACAUUUAAUAAAGAUUCAUGCAGCUUGAAGAGAUGUAUUUAGUGUAAUUUGGACCCCAAAAUCAUGGAAGACUAAAUUUCUGAUUCUCUUUUCCUAUUCAUGUUACUCUUCCGGCUUUGUUUCCACAGGCAAGGAAGGCCAAAAGAAAAAAUUAUUUAUCUCCAUGUUCAAACCUCAGAUGCAGCAACUAAUUAAGAAGAGCCAUUUUCUGCAUGAUUUUCGCUUGAUUUGGCAUUAAAGAAAAAUGGAGCAAGAGAGCAAACACAUGCACACAGGCUGUCGUAAUUUUUUGAACUUUCUUUAUCCUCUGAUUCUUUGCUGCUUAUUCACAACUACAGUGUGUUUUUGACACUCUGUGAGACUGGA